AUGCUGAACUACAGUCUAAGCAACAUCUGCGGGUGCGUGUACACCGGGGGGAAAAUCCGCUUCAGCGGUGAUGGCAACACUCUCUUUGUGCCAGUGAACAACCGAAUUAAUGUCUACGAUCUGAGCGACAAUAAAUGCAACACGCUAAAAUCGGAAAGUAAGAAUGAUUUGAGACAUAUCGUAAUUCAUCCCAAUAUGGAAAUAGCCAUAACGAUUGAUAAGUUCGAGUACGGGUGCAUAUUGAAUUUGUUAAAGGAUCAGAUUAUAUCUCGAAUACUUUUCAAGUCGAAGACAGGGAUCGUGACAUCUUUUAACUACGAGAGUAUGUAUUCUCCUCAGGAGGAACAAGACUCUGUGAAUUGCGCCUUGUUCACACACAGGGGAGAGUACUUCCUACUUGGAAUCGGGAGGAGAGUCGUCAUAUGGAAAAGUCCCAAUAGGAAGAAUAACUACAGACUGGUUAAAUACAACGAUAUUUGCUACCACUCGUUGAAUGUGACAUGGAUUGAUGUGUCGGAGGAUGACCGUUUCUUUUUGACCUGCUCGUAUGACUUGACUAUUCGGAUCCACACUGUGGAAAAGAGGCGGAAGGUGCGGCCUACCGUUUUGGGCGGGAACAAGAGCACCAUUGUGGCGGCUUUUUUUUCCAAGGGCGGGGAGUUCAUCUUUAGUGUGAAUCAGUCGGGCCUGAUUUUGGUCUGGUCCUACGAGGAGGCGAUGAGCGAAGAGGUGGGAGGAGCGGCGGGUGAGGCGGGGGGAGAAGCGAUGAACGAAGCGACCGGCGAUGGGACAGAGGAAUCGCCUGAACAGCCUGAACAGCCGGAACAGCCGCUAUCCACAGCGUCGGCCCCCACCAAGGCGUUCGCGAGGAGGUGGCGGCAGAAGAAGGUCUACUUCUGCAACCAGGAGAAGAAUGAAGAAGUGACGAGCGUGUGCUUCAACCGGGAGCACUCCCUAGUGGUGAUCGCCUACUCGAGCGGGCGCUUCGGGAUCUACAGCGCACCGGACAUGACCUCCCUCUACACAAUAAGCAUAAACGCCAGCACAAUAGAUGACAUUACGAUCAGCAACGAUGGACAGUGGAUAGCCCUCGCGGAGGCGAACAACGGAACGGUGAUAGUUUGGGAGUGGAAAAGUGAAAGUUACAUCAUGAAGCAGAGUACCACGAGUAGGAAUGUCAGAUGUGUGAAAUUCUCUCCAAUCAUUAGCCACCUCAAGAUAGGGAGUCACAUCGUAGAAACAGCAAAUGCAUACCAUGAGAGUGAAAAUUUUACUAGCAAAUUUGUUAUCGUCACGGGGAGUGAAGAUGGGAGUAUUCGGUUAUACGAUUAUGUGAGUUAUAUGAAUUUUGUUACUUUUUCUGUCCACACGGAUGCAGUGACUGAUGUGUGUUUCCUUCCUCAGGGGAAUGCAUUCGUGUCGUGUUCUUUGGAUGGGACAGUGCGGGCGUUUGACCUGUUGAGAUAUCGUAAUUUUAAGGUGCAGUUCCUAUGUGUGAGUGUGAACCUAAGUGGGAAUAUCGUCGCUGCAGGGGGUCGAGGUAGCGAGUAUGUAGUGUACAUAUGGAAUGUACAAACAGCUAAAUGUAUCGAUAAGCUGUACGGACAUAACUCUCCAAUUAUGAAGGUUUGUUUCAGUACGAGUCUUAAAAACGAAGGCAUAAUAGCAAGCUGCUCCUGGAGCAAGAAGGUGCUACUAUGGGAUCUAUACGCACGAAGGAAUAAAGGAAGCAAAUUCGACGAGAUGGUCAAUUCACACGACGUUUCUUUUAUGUGUUUUGAUCCGAGAGGAAAUGAUAUACUAGCUAUAUGCACCAUGAGUUGUAAAAUUAUUUUUUGGGAUGUACAAUCGCAGGAAAUAAUUGGGACGGUGGAAGGAGCGAGGGAUAUUAAAAGGGGCCACUACAUUGGACAGCAAUACUCAGCCAUUCCUAGGAUGAAGAAGCGGAAGAAAAUAAUGCAUGGUAGGCAUGACGAAAAUGGAAAGCAUGCUGACUCUGUGUACGAGGAUGAAUUGGAAGAUGAAGGGAUAAACUCUGUGGUGAAUCAGAACUGCUACUUCACUGCUGUGGAUUACAUACAAAAUGGGAACUACAUCAUUGGUUGCGCCAAUUGUAGUGUCUCCUUGUACAUCUACGAUACGAACCUGUACGUAUUGAUGAAAAUAAUUGAUUUGACUUCAAACUACUGUGUGGAUGGGAUCAGGAGGGAGUACUCAAGGAGGUACCUGACUGCUCAGGGUAGCAAUAUUUGUGAGUUCGACCUAAGUGAUGAGGAAGGAGAUCUAUACAUCGACAAGUACAGAAUCGCUAAUAGGAAAAAAAAGAACAGCAUGCUACCUGGCAGCUUGGAGGAACAUUGGAUGGUGAACAGAUUUAAGAAACACAAACUUACGUUAAAUCGAUUGAGCAUCUCAGGUGACGAUCGACACGUGGCUGUUGCGUGUAGUGUCGGUCUAUACGUUUUUACGAAGGACCACCAGUUUCAAUACGUCGUUCCGGUUAGGUUGUGUUCAAAGAACGGGGAUGGCAAGCACAUAACUUCGGGGGGUAACGGUGGCUACCGAGGACUUGUGGCUCCUCUACUGUACGAACCGCAAUACUUAACAGAGCAUGUGAAUGUGAGAAAUUUGAAGAUGGCCGUGAGGAGGAAUGAGUAUGUGAAGGCAUUCCUCCUGUGUUUGGCUUUAAAUAGCUAUGAACACAUAGUGGAGGUGUAUGAGAAGACCCCCUACCAUGUGGUUCCCCUGUGCGUGAAGAUACUGACCAAGCCGUUUGUCUUUUUACUGAUUAAUUUCAUUAAAGUGCUGCUCCUUAACGAUACGAUGAAGCAUAUCCACCUGCACUUGUGUUAUUUGAAUGCCAUUUUUACGAGUCACUUUAGCGUUUUCGUGAAUACAGACAUGGGGGGUCAGUCUUCCCGGGGCGGAAGCACUAAGCAGGGGAAGCAGCAGCAGGGGAAGCAGCAGGAGCAGCAGCAGGGCGGCGGGGCUAGGGUAGUUUCUCCCCACGGGGUGGAGGACCACCGGAACGCGCUGCUGCUCAUCCUGAAGCAGCUGUUCACGGUGUACAGCGGGCUGCAGCACCUGUACGGCGAUAACACCCACGUGCUGCGCUACCUCUGCGCGCAGCGGCCCUAG